AUGAAGCCAUUUAUAAAGCAGGCGUUCGUGGUAUCGGGCGCAGCGUUGAACAUCGUAGGACAUGGCUGCGCUCACGGGUUUCCCGCGGUCUUGUUCGCACAGAUCAAAAGCGACGGAGGACCUGUCACACUGACAGAUCAUGACACUUCAUGGAUUGCCUCAGCGGUUGGUGUGAUGGGUAUCGUCGGCAACUUUAUAUCUCCAGUCCUCAUGACGCGCUUUGGCAGACAAAAGGCACAUCUAAUCUGCACCAUACCAGCUCUACUUGGAUGGAUCGUCUUCGUUCUAGGAAACUCUGUCCCUCUGUUCCUUCUCGCUCGUCUUUUACAUGGUCUUGCUUUAGGUCUUCGAACACCUUUAGCUGCUAUCCUCGUUGCUGAAUAUACUGAACCACGGUAUAGAGGUGCAUUUUUGGGCACCUUUGCCAUAUCUUUGGGAUUAGGUAUCUUGCUCUCCCAUGUUUGGGGCGCACAUUUGACUUGGAAAAUGACCGCUGUGGUUUGCUCUAUAUUCCCAAUUAUUGCGAUGGCGAUUAUAAGUUUAUCUCCAGAAUCACCCAGUUGGUUAGUUUCGAAAGGGAAAUUUGACGAUGCGAAAAAAGCAUUCAGAUGGCUUCGUGGAGAAGGUGAAUUACAACAGGAAGAGUUAGAAGGAAUGAUAAGAGGCCAAGAAAAAGAAAUACACGCAAAAGAAACGAGAAAGAACAAGGAAGUAAAAUCGAAUUUCAAAUUAAAUAGAUUGUUCAAAUCAAUAUCUGACGCGAUCAAAAGUGCUAUGAAAAUAUUUAAGAAACGAGAAUUUUACAAGCCCUUGAUAAUAGCUAUAUGUAUGCUUAUAGUUUUUGAAUUUGGCGGUGCUCACAUGGUACCGGCUUAUGGGAAUCUGAUAUUGCAAUCUGUUUUAAACAAAGAUGAUCCAAAAGACGUGGCAUGGCAAUUUACAGUCAUAGAUUUAUUGAGGACGAUAUGUGCCUUCCUCGCAAUAUUUUUGCUGAAAAGUGUUAAAAGAAGAACAAUAUUGUUUACGAGUGGCAUCAUGACAGUGCUAUCUCUGACCUUAAUAUCCAUUUUUAUAUAUUUAAGAAAGGCAGAAAUACUUACCCAAGAGUUUAUAUUAGACACAAUUCCAAUGACAUUGAUGAUAUUGUAUAGUCUUUCGUUUUGUUUAGGUUUAGUGCCACUUAACUGGGUUAUAUGUGGGGAAGUGUUCCCUUUAACUUAUAGGAGUCUAGGGUCAACCCUCUCGACAUCAUUUUUAACGCCUGCGUUUGUAGUUUCAAUGAAAACAGCGCCGCAUUUCUACUCCUCGAUAGGUGUUGAAGGUGCAUUUCUAGUCUACUCAGUAACUUUGACUGUCUGUCUGUUGAUCAUGUAUGUGAUGUUACCAGAAACUAAAGAUAGAACACUACAAGAUAUAGAAAACAGUUUCAAGGGUAUCAAAAAUAACGAUGUUGAAGUACAACUAAGCCUGAUCGAAAACAAAACUAGUAUUAAG